GAGUGAAUUCGUUCAUUUGUGGUCGAGACUGACGGUUGGACACAGGAGCAGUUUCUUCAUGUAAAUCAAAGAAACAUAGAAUUUAAAGAUGCGAACGUUAAUAUUUCUCUUCUGCCUCAUCCUGACUGCUAAUGGCAACAUCAUUAGUCUUGAUUUUACACAAUGCUCAGAGUGUGACUGCAAACCACCACAGAAUUCCUCGAAUCCUGCACUGAUGGUUCACGAUAGUGAAAAUGAUUGCUACUGUAUGUGUGGCAAUACGCGAUCGCAUGCAUGCGACUCCACCGGCGAUUGUCACUCGGGACUGUUUUGUACCGCACCUGACAGUGAAACUGGCCAAGGCGUAUGUGAUGAUGCUUGCAAUAGCCCACACAUGUCUUGCGAAACGUACGAACGAUGUGAAUUAGUGAACGAUAUCCCCACGUGUAUCUGUAAGGUGUUCGACUGCUCCUCAUCCCUCACAAGACCAAUUUGUGCUGAGGGAAACGUAGAGUUUCCAAACAGGUGCUUCUACGAGAACACAAACUGCGACAGGAAGCGUGUUAGUCUUACCCCUCUUCCAAUUCUAGGUCAUGGAACGUGCAUGGAUGUUGUGAAUCUUUUGAACUCUGAACCUGAAAAUUCUGGCAACGCCUACAAUCCAUUACUUUAAUGGCAUUGGCAGAUGUACAUGUCUUAUAACGCAUACAUUAUAAGUACAAAACAUACAUUGCAAUAGACUUGGUGAUGGUAGUAAUGGGUUGUCUUCUGGUUGGUGGCUGCUUGGGGAGAUUUUCGGAAAUUUUUAUGAGUUUGCACGCUUAAACGACAUUUGUAAAGUGCAUUUAUAAUUCCAGUUGAAAUGAUCAUUUGAUUUUUUUUUAAUUAUUAUUAUUCUAAGGAAACUGGGAAACGUUUUAAGAUUUGGCAAAGUGUUUCUUUCUUUUGUUUUUUUCAUGCUCAUGACAUAGAGCAAUAAAUUGAUAUUAAAAUCACCUGAUUUAGUUUUCUUCAAUGGGGCUUGGGAUUCUUCUUGGUGAAAGAAAGGGGGUUCUUUGCUGUUUCAUAGGACUAGGGGAGAGUUUUAAAGAAAUAUAUUGUGAUUAUUUAUUGUAACAUGUAGACCUACUGCUUACUGCAACUAUGGCGGUACGCUUGAAAAAGAUGUAUUCGCAAUUAUUCAGAAUGUUUUAGUGUCGUCUGAAAAGCAUACUUCACUAUAUGGUAACUAUUCCUGGUUUUAAAAAGAUUGUUGUUGGUUUAUUGCCUAAUGUAACUACGGUGAUGGUAAUGCUCUGGAACUAAUGAACGUGUAUUAUAUAUUCGCUAAUUAGUGACUCGAUAAAGAAUAAAAAAAUGUUCGUUUGUUGUUACGUA